AUGGCAGCUAGAAAGAGCUCAUCAACAGGGGAAGAGCAAGAAAGCGGGUUCGACAUCGAAGCUAUCGAGCAGUCUUUAUCCGCACGAACAAAUCUCCAAAAUAUACGUAUCGAUUCCUCCACCAUCUCGACUAGCAUCUCGGUCGUGAUGAAAUAUUCGCCCGUAGCUUUUGUCCUAACCUUCCUUUUGUCCUCUGUCGAAAUCACCGGAAAAAAUGCCAUUUUCAAGAAAUUUUCAAACGAGGAUCGAUUUUCUUUUUUUCUUUUUUCUUUUUCUCUUACCUCUUAUGAUGGGAACUUGGAGGAGGUUUCGAACGGCACAUCGAGUCUUGACGUAAUUCUGAACCCUCGGACCCUGAAAAGGCUCGUCUUCCAAGAACCGCUGCACGAGCACUUGAAACUGUUGAAACUCCCCCGCCACCUCGUUGUACGUGCGGGCCCCACUUGGGCCCGAUUCUUCCCAAAGGUCGAGGACUUUUUCGUAUUGCCAGUGCAAAAUUUCCCACGAGAGGCUCGUCUGGCCCACAUACACGGCCUCCAAGUCGCCCUGAAGCUCUUGCACGAACUUUUUCAUGGGGUCAGUGCCGUGAAUUUUGUGUUUGAACAGCCAGAGGUUUUGUGA